GACACACCGCCUUCACGCGGACUGUUCUAAAAAUCUAAAUAAUAAUUUCUCUACGAAUAAUAACAGAUUGAUUUUAUUGUUUUUAUUUAAACAAUCAUAUUAAAAUAUUCUAAAACAUUUGAUAAACUAUUAAACAAUGUGAUUUUAAUUAAAAAAAAAAACUGUGCAAAUAAUAUGAGAAAAGUUUUAAUUGCCGACAAUACCAAGACGCUGGGAGCUUAACCUCACAUGACUUUAAAUGACAGAAGGGUUUUAUUUUUAAAUAAAUAUUAAAACACAUAAAAAAAAAUAUAUAUAAAAAUGACGUCACCAGAUCACGUCAGUCAAAUGAAUAAAUAUCGGUCAUACGUGUCCAUGUUGGCUGAUCCAAAUUCAAAGGAUGAACUUAAAUUCAAAGCAGCUCAAGAAUUAUCAGAAAAUUUUGAGGUAAUAAUAUGUUCACCUCAGUAUCCAGCAUUUCUUGAUCAUCUUAUGAAAAUAUUUUUAAAAAUACUUCAAGAUGGUGAACCACAUUUUAUAUCUGAAUAUAAUAUUCAACAAGUUAGAAAAUUAAUUCUUGAAAUGAUACAUCGUCUUCCGACAAAUGAAACAUUACGUCAUUAUGUUAAACAUAUUUUAAGUUUAAUGUUAAAAUUAUUGGAAACAGAAAAUGAAGAAAAUAUACUUGUUUGUUUAAGAAUAAUAAUUGAACUUCAUAAACAUUAUAGACCAACAUUUAAUCCAGAAAUUCAACAUUUUUUACAAUUUGUAAAAUCAAUAUACAGUGAAUUACCAAAAAAUUUACCUAAAAUAUUUGAACCACGUGCACCUCUUCGUGUUAAAGAUAUAUCUGAAAUAGAUAUUAAUGCAUUACUCAAAGAAACAUUUACUGUAACAGCAAUACAAAGUGAUAAAAAAGCUGCUGAUGGUACAAUUGUUACAUAUAAUUUAAUACCAAAAGCUGUAUUAUCAUUAAAAGUACUUCAAGAAUUACCAAUUAUUGUUGUAUUAAUGUAUCAAAUUUAUAAACAAAAUGUACAUCAAGAUGUAUCUGAUUUUAUUCCACUUAUUAUGACAACAAUAACACUUCAACCAGAUCCACAACAUCGUUUAUCACCUGGUUUUAAUAAAGAAGUAUUUGUUGAUUUUAUGGGUGCACAAAUAAAAACACUUAGUUUUUUAGCAUAUAUUAUUAGAAUAUAUCAAGAUGUUGUAGCACAACAUAGUCCAAUGAUGGUUAAAGGUAUACUUAGUUUAUUAACACUAUGUCCAAUGGAAGUUGCUCAUUUACGUAAAGAAUUAUUAAUAGCAGCACGUCAUAUAUUAGCAACUGAUUUAAAAACAAAAUUUGUUCCACAUAUGGAAAGAUUAUUUGAUGAACAAAUGUUAUUAGGUAAUGGCUGGACAACACAUGAAUCAAUAAGAACACUUGCUUAUUCAACACUUGCUGAUCUUGUUCAUCAUGUUAGACAAUUAUUACCAUUAAGUGAUCUUGAACGUGCUGUACAUUUAUUUAGUAAAAAUGUACAUGAUCAAAGUCUUCCAACGACAAUUCAAACAAUGUCAUGUAAAUUAUUAUUAAAUUUAGUUGAAUGUAUACGUCAAAGAAGUGAUGCAGAAAAUAGUAAUCAAGGUAGAGAAUUAUUAAUGCGUAUGCUUGAAGUGUUUGUAUUAAAAUUUAAAACAUUAACUAAAUUACAAAUGCCAAUGUUAUUAAAUCGUGCAAAAGCAUCAUCAGCAUCAAUUGGUCAAAAUAAUGAUACAAAAAAUACAACUGAAGAUUCAAAAUUAAAAGUACAACAAGAAAUUUCAUCAACUAUUAAUAAUGAUGAUAAAGAUAAUGGUAAAUCAAAAUUUGGUUUUCCACAACCACAAGUUGCUAAUUAUAAUAUUGCUGAAUAUCGUGCAUUAGUUAAAACAUUAGUAUGUGGUGUUAAAACAAUAACAUGGGGUUGUGCAAAUUGUAAAACUGGUGAAUUAAUACAACCAAAACAAUUUCAACCAAAAGAAACACUUGUAUUUAUAAGGUUAGUUAAAUGGGCAUUACAAGCACUUGAUAUAUAUACAAUUGGUCCAACAACAGUUGGUACUGGACAAGGACAACAAGGACGUUCACCACCACCACAAACAGUUAGAACAAAAGAAGAAAAAGAAGUACUUGAACAUUUUAGUGGUGUAUUUUCAAUGAUGAAUCCACAAACAUUUCAAGAAAUAUUUUCAACAACAAUUGAUUAUAUGGUUGAAAGAAUAUUUAAAAAUUGUGCAUUACAAAUUGUUGGUAAUUCAUUUUUAGCAAAUCCAACAACAUCACCAAUAUUUGCAACUGUAUUAGUUGAAUAUUUAUUAGAACGUAUGGAUGAUAUGGGAUCAAAUGUUGAAAGAAGUAAUUUAUAUUUAAGAUUAUUUAAAUUAGUAUUUGGUAGUGUAUCAUUAUUUCCAGCUGAAAAUGAACAUAUGCUAAGACCACAUCUUCAUCAAAUUGUUAAUAGAUCAAUGGAACUUGCAAUGUCAGCAAAAGAACCAUAUAAUUAUUUUCUUCUUUUACGUGCAUUAUUUAGAUCAAUUGGUGGUGGUUCACAUGAUUUAUUAUAUCAAGAAUUUUUACCAUUAUUACCAAAUUUAUUAGAAGGACUUAAUCGUUUACAAUCUGGUUUACAUAAACAAUAUAUGAAAGAUUUAUUUGUUGAACUUUGUUUAACUGUACCAGUUAGACUUUCAAGUUUAUUACCAUAUUUACCAAUGCUUAUGGAUCCUCUUGUAUCAGCUUUAAAUGGUAGUCAUACAUUAGUUAGUCAAGGUUUACGUACACUUGAAUUAUGUGUUGAUAAUUUACAACCAGAUUUUCUUUAUGAACAUAUACAGCCAGUACGUGCUGAUUUAAUGCAAGCAUUAUGGCGUACAUUAAGAAAUCCAGCAGAACAAGUUGCACAUGUUGCAUUUCGUGUACUUGGUAAAUUUGGUGGUGGUAAUAGAAAAAUGAUGAUUGAGCCACAAAAACUUAAUUAUAAUGAUCGUGAAACAAAUUCACCAUCUAUUAUAGCUGAAUUUCCAAAUACAAAUGGUACAAGUAAAAUUAAUUUUUCAAUUGAAAAAGUUGUUGAAACAGCAUUUAAUGCAUUAAAAACAAAUACAACUGAUAUAUUUUAUCGUCGUCAAUGUUGGGAAGUUGUAAAUUGUUGUUUAAUUUCAUCAUUACAAUUAAAUGAUGAUUAUACAACACUCAGUAAAUUAUUUAUGCAUACAAGUUUUAAAGAAGGUAAAAUUCCACAUUUACAAGGACCAUUUUAUAAAUGUUCUGAUACAGUUGCAAGAAAUGUACAAACAACAGCACUUACUGGUUUAUUUGUUGCAACAACAAUAAAAGAACUACGUCCAUCUGUUAUACGUACAAUGGUAGCUUUUGUUAGACAUUAUACUAUGAUUGCAAUUGCUCAACAAGCUGGACCAUUUUGUCAAACAAUACAAAGACAUCAUGUUAUAUCAUCAUCAUCAAAUAAUAUUAAACCAAAUGGUUUAGAUCCAUAUGUUUUAAUUGAUGCUUUAUCAAUAAUAAUUGGUCAUGAAGAAAAAGAAUUAUGUAAACCUGGACAUUUAGCACUUGUUCUUAUUCUUGAAACAUCAACAAAUAUUCUUGGUAGUAAAGAACGUGCUUGUCAAUUACCAUUUAUGGAAUAUCUUGCUGAAAAAAUGUGUUCUUUAUGUUAUGAAAGAGCAUGGUAUGCAAAACUUGGUGGUUGUAUUGCAAUUAAAUUUUUAUUUGAACACAUGUCAAUAAAAUGGGUAUUAAAUCAUUUAUUUGUAUUUUUAAAAGCACUUAUGUUUGUCAUGAUGGAUUUAACUGGUGAAGUAUCAAAUGGUGCAAUUGAUAUGGCUAAAUCAAAUUUAGAAAAAAUGUUAAGAGUUUGUGUUAAUUCUGGUGCAGCUAUUCAAAAUAAUAGUAAUGAUAAAGAAUUAAUUGAUGCACAUAAUAAAAGUAUAUAUGAAGUAACACAUGAAUUAGUUAGACAAGUUACAUCACCACAUACAAUUGUACGUGAACAAGCAAUGUCAUCAUUAAAAUUACUUGCUGAAAUACAAAAUAAAACAGUUACUGAAGUUAUGGAAAUACAUAAAGAAGUAUUAGCUGAUAUGAUACCACCUAAAAAACAUUUAUUAAGACAUCAACCACCAAAUGCACAAAUUGGUUUAAUGGAUGGAAAUACAUUUUGUACAACAUUACAACCAAGAUUAUUUACAAUUGAUUUAAGUAUCAAUGAACAUAAAGUAUUUUUUCAAGAAUUAUUAGCUUUAUCAGAAGCAGAAGAUGUUAAUUUAAAUAAACUUCCAUGUUAUAAAUCAGUUACAAAUUUAAUACCAUUAAGAAAAUCAGCAUUACGAGCACUUGCUGCUUGUCAUUAUAUUACAAAUUGUCGUGAAAAAAUAUUUGGUGUACUUUAUAAAGCAUUAGAAAAACCAAAUUGUGAAUUACAAGAAGCUGCAUUUGAAUGUAUUAAAAAAUUUAUAGCUGGUUUUCAAAUUGAUAGAGAAUUAGUUCAUGCUAUAAUACGACCAAUGCUAUUGACUCUUGGUGAUCAUAGAAAUUUAAGUUUAAAUUGUGUUAAAAGACUUUCAUAUUCAACACAAUUAUUUCCAAGUACAUUUAGUAUAACAUUAUGUGAACAAUUAUUACAACAUUUAAGAAAAUUAUUGGAAAAUUUAAUUUUAGCACAAAAAGGUGUAUCAAAAUCUGGUGAAAAUGAAAAAAAAAUAUCAACAAUUAUUGAAAUAUUUUAUCAAAUACCAGCAGCAACACCAAAAUUUAUUGAUAUACUUUGUCGACAAGUUUUACAAACUGAAAAAUCAUUACUUAUUGAAGCAUCAAGUCCAUUUAGAUUACCACUUAUGAAAUUUCUUCUUCGUUAUCCAACUGAAAGUUUACAUUUAUUUUUACAUGAUAAUAAUAUUAAAGAUCAACAAUGGAGUAGAUUUUUAGAAUUUUUAAUAAAACACAAAGAUGGAAAACCAUUUAGAGAUGUUUUACAAAAUAGUUCAAAUAGAUUAAUAACAAUGUUACUUGCACAUUCAUCACAAACAAAUACAAAUUUAACCAUAACAGAUAAAAAUGAACUUCAACAUCAAGCAAUUAAAAUAAUAUCAGUAUUAGUUAAAUUUGAUGAAGAUUGGUUAUCAAAUCAAACACAAAUUAUUGCAGCAUUAAAACAAAUAUGGUGUAAUGAUGAUUAUCAAGCUCUCCAUAAACGUGUUGAAAAUGUUGAUUUUUGUCGUUGGAAAGAACCAAAAUUAAUUGUUAAAAUAUUAUUACAUUAUUUUUGUCGUCAUACAAAUGAUAUUGAUUUAUUAUUUCAACUUUUACGUGCAGUAUGUGAUAGAUUUAUUCCAGAUUUUCAAUUUUUACUCGAUUUUUUGGAAAAUACAAUUGCACAAGAAUAUACAAUUGAAUGGAAACGUGCUGUAUUUUUUAGAUUUGUUGAACAUUUUCCAACAAAUAAUCUGUCACAAGAAUUAAAAGCUAAAGUUUUACAAUUAAUUAUUAUUCCAUGUUUUGCUGUUAGUUUUGAAAGAGGUGAAGGAGUUAAAUUAGUUGGUGGUGCACCAAUGCCUUAUCAAGAUAAUCCAGAAAAUGUUGUAUCUGUAUUUAUAAGUAAAAUUAUUGAUCCUGAUAAUCCAUUUGGUUCUGCUGAUUGUGUUAGAGUAUCAUUACUACAAUUUUCAUGUUUACUUGUUGAACAAGCAUCACAGCAUAUUCAUGAUGUUACAAAUAAACGUCAAGGUAAUAAAUUACGUAGAUUAAUGACAUUUGCUUGGCCAUGUUUAUUAGUUAAAAAUUGUGUUGAUCCAACAACAAGAUAUCAUGGUCAUUUACUAUUAAGUCAUAUUAUUGCUAAAUUUGCAAUUCAUAAAAGAAUUGUUUUACAAGUAUUUCACAGUUUAUUAAAAGCACAUGCUGUUGAUGCAAGAAAUGUUGUUAAACAAGCACUAGAAAUAUUAACACCUGCAAUGCCAUAUAGAAUGGAAGAUGGUAAUACAAUGUUGACACAUUGGACUAAAAAAAUUAUUGUUGAAGAAGGUCAUUCAAUGCAACAAUUAUUUCAUAUACUUCAACUUGUUGUACGUCAUUAUAAAGUUUAUUAUCCAGUUCGUCAUCAUUUAGUUCAACAUAUGGUCAGUUCAAUUCAAAGACUUGGAUUUAGUCAAACAUCAACAAUUGAACAUAGACGACUUGGUGUUGAAUUGUCUGAAGUUAUAAUUAAAUGGGAAUUACAUAGAAUAAAAGAUGAAGCUGAGGGUGGUGAAGCUGGUUGUUCUGGAACAAUGACAGGAGUUAAAAGAGUUUUAUCAGCUCCAGAUAAUGAUAUCACCACAGCUGGUGGUGGUAUUAAACGUACAAUUGUACCAAGUAACAAUACUCCAGGUGGAAAUCCGAGUCCAGUUGCAGUUAAUCAACAACCAACAGUUGAGCCUGGAUCAACAAAACCAAUUGAACGUAUUCAUGCUGAUGCUAUACUUAAUUUUUUACUGAGACUUGCUUGUCAUGUUAAUGAAGCAGCAGCAGCAACAACAGCCACAGCAACAGCAACAGCAGCUGUUACUGCAGCUGCAGCAGCGGCAGCAGCACAACAAGCAGCAGCAGCAGUAGCAGCAGCAUCUGGCUCAUCAUCAUCAUCAUCAUCAACUACAACAGCAGCAGCAGCAACAACUGCACAAGGUAAUCCAGGUGAACAAUUAUCACGAAGAUGUGUAACACUAUUAAAAAUGGCUUUAAAACCAGAUGUUUGGCCACAAUCAUGUGAUCUUAAAAUUCCAUGGCUUGAUAAAGUUUUUGCAAGUGUUGAAAAUCCAACACCAAAUUAUGGUAAUAUUUGUACGGCAUUAGAACUUGUUACAUUUUUAUUAAGUGUUAUGAAAAGAGAACAAAUAUUAUCAAGUAUAAAGCCACUUCAACGUGGACUUGGUCUUUGUGUUAACAAUACAAAUACCAAAGUUAUACGUUUAGUUCAUGGUUUAUUGUCAAGAUUAAUGACAAUAUUUCCUACAGAACCAACUGCAUCAGCUGUUGCAUCAAAAUAUGAUGAACUUGAUACAUUAUAUACAACAAUUGGUAAAUUUAUAUUUGAUGGUCUUGCUACAUAUGAAAAAAAUCCAACAGCCACAGCUGGAAGUCUUUUUGGUACACUUAUGAUGUUAAAAGCUGCCUGUACAAAUAAUCAAAGUUAUAUUGAUCGUAUGAUAACUCCAUUUAUGAGAGUAUUACAUAGAAUGACCAAAGAUCAUCUUCAGCAUAAUCAAAAUGAACCAAAUUUACUUGCUAAUGAAUUAUUAAUUCUUAGUUUGGAUUUAGUUAAAAAUAGAGUUGUUGUUAUGGGUGUAGAAAUGAGAAAAUCAUUUAUUGGUACAAUACUUGUUGGUUUAAUUGAAAAAACACAAGAUAUUAAAGUUAUGAAAGCUAUAACAAGAAUGUUAGAAGAAUGGAUGAAAAAUAAAAAUUUAAUAGCCAUUAAUCAAGCACCAAAUUUACGUGAAAAAUCAAUAUUACUUGUUAAAAUGAUGCAAUAUGUUGAAAAACGUUUUCCCGAUGAUUUAGAAUUAAAUGGACAAUUUUUAGAAUUAAUUAAUUAUGUUUAUCGUGAUGAAACACUUAAAUCAAGUGAAUUAACAUCAAAAUUAGAACCAGCAUUUUUAAGUGGUCUAAGAUGUUCACAGCCACAUAUACGUGCAAAAUUUUUUGAAGUAUUUGAUGGUUCAAUGAGACGUAAAUUACAUGAUCGUUUUCUUUAUAUUAUAUGUAGUCAAAGUUGGGAUGCAAUGGGACCCCAUUAUUGGAUAAAACAAUGUAUCGAACUUUUAAUUGUAACAGCAUCACCAACAACAACAAUACAAUUAUCAAAUUCUGAUAUUCUUUUACCAUCAGUAUUAUCAAUAAUUAAUAAUGGUGAUUCAGAAGAUCAUAAAAAUUUUAUGCUCUAUAUGACAAUAAAAGAAGAGCCAUCAGUUAAUCAAGAUAAUACUGAUUCACAAGAUGAUAUUUUAGAUCUUGAUCUUGUUAAUGUUGAUUCAGGUAAUAUUAGUGAACAAUUAACUGGUGGUAGAGUUUCAACAAUAAGUCAAUUAGUUGCUAAACAAUCAGAAUUUAUUAAUUUAUCUAAAAAAUUUAAAACAGAACAACUAUUAAAAUCAAUAGCUCAAUUAUGUCAUAUGGAUACAAAUCUUGCUGAAUCUGUUUGGCUUGAUAUGUUUCCACGUCUUUGGUCAUUACUUGAUGAACAUCAACAUAGUACAUUAAGUAGAGAACUUGUACCAUUUGUUUGUUCAGGUAAUCAUGUUUUACAAAAAGAUUGUCAUCCAAGUGCAAUUGCAACAAUGGUAGAAGCAAUGUCACAUUGUGAUCCACCUAUUGCAAUAAGACCACCAUUGAUGAAAUAUUUAGGAAGAUCACAUAAUGUAUGGCACAGAAUGACAUUGAGUCUUGAACAAAUGGCAUUUGAUAGUGGACUAAGUUCAAUAAGAAAUAAAAGAGAAUCUGAUUGUUAUGAUUUUGAGCCUGAUAAUAGUUUACAUUCUGAAGUAUUAGAUUCACUAUCAGAUAUGUAUUCAUUAUUAUGUGAAGAAGAUAUGUGGGCAGGACUUUGGCAAAAACAUGCACAUUAUAAAGAAACUUUACAAGCAACUGCAUUAGAACAACAAGGAUUUUUUGAACAAGCACAAGGUGCAUAUGAUGUUGCAAUGACUAAAUUUAAGCAAGAUUAUGUUGCAUCACCAGCACCAUUUAAAACACAACGUGAAGCAUUGUUAUGGGAAGAACACUGGAUACGUUGUGCUAAAGAAUUAAAUCAAUGGGAUCUUUUACUUGAUUAUGGUUCUAAAAAAAUGGAAAGAAAUCCAUUUUUAAUACUUGAAAGUUCUUGGAGAAUUCCAAAUUGGGCAAUGAUGAAAGAAGCAUUAUCACAAGUUGAACAUAAUUGUCCAAAAGAAAUGGCAUGGAAAGUUAAUCUUUAUCGUGGAUUUUUAUCAAUUUGUCACAGUGAAGAGCCACAUUUAAAUGCUGUUGAAAGAUAUGUUGAACUUGCAUCUGGACUUUGUAUGCGUGAAUGGCGAAGAUUACCUCAUAUUGUGAGUCAUAUACAUUUACCAUUGUUACAAGCAGCUCAACAAAUAAUGGAAUUACAAGAAGCAAUGCAAAUACAUCAGGGUCUUUUACAUGGUAGAUCAUCAUCAUUACAUGAUAUGAAAGCAAUUGUUAAAACAUGGAGAAAUAGAUUACCAGUUAUUGCUGAUGAUUUAAGUCAUUGGUCUGAUAUAUUUACAUGGCGACAACAUCAUUAUACAUUUAUUUCAAGUCAUUAUGAUAAUCAACAAGAUCAAGUACCAAAUCAUUCAAUGCUUGGUGUUCAUGCAUCUGCACAAGCUAUUAUACAUUUUGGUAAAAUUGCAAGAAAACAUAAUUUAACAAGUGUUUGUUUAGAUUCAUUAUCAAGAAUUUAUACAAUUCCAAGUGUUCCAAUUGUUGAUUGUUUCCAAAAAAUACGUCAACAAGUAAAAUGUUAUUUACAAAUGGCAUCAAUAACAGGAAAAAAUGAAUUACAAGAGGGUCUUGAAGUUAUUGAAUCAACAAAUUUAAAAUAUUUUACCAAAGAAAUGACUGCUGAAUUUUAUGCAUUAAAAGGAAUGUUAUUAUCACAAAUUGGUAGAUCAGAUGAUGCAAAUAAAGCAUUUUCAGCAGCUGUACAAUUACAUGAUACACUUGUUAAAGCAUGGGCAUUAUGGGGUGAUUAUUUAGAGCAUAUAUUUACAAGAGAUUCAAGACAAAUAUCAAUUGGUGUAUCAGCAAUAACAUGUUUCCUUCAUGCUUGUCGUCAUCAAAAUGAAUCAAAAUCAAGAAAAUAUUUAGCUAAAGUAUUGUGGCUUCUUACAUAUGAUGAUGAUAGAUUUUCAUUGAUGGAAGCAUUAGAUAAAUAUGCUGUUGGUGUACCACCAAUUCAAUGGCUUCCAUGGAUUCCACAAUUAGCUAUGUGUCUUGUAAGAUAUGAAAAUACAGUCAUAUUAAAUUUAUUAUCACAAGUUGGAAGAAUGUUUCCUCAAGCUGUUUAUUUUUCUAUACGAACACUUUAUUUAACAUUAAAAAUUGAACAACGAGAAAGAUACAAAAGUGCUGAAAUGGCUGGUGGUAAAACAACAACAAGUACAACAGGAACAGAUGACGGAGGAGGUUCAAGAAAUACUCAACAUCAAAGUGGACAACAUACAAAUGAAACUGGACCAAUUAAAGCAACUUUACCAAUGUGGAGAUGCUCAAAAAUUAUGCAUAUGCAACGUGAUAUUCAUCCAACAAUAUUAUCAAGUCUUGAGGGUAUUGUCGAUCAAAUGGUAUGGUUUCGUGAAACUUGGUAUGAAGAAGUACUUCGUCAAUUACGUCUUGGUCUUGCUAAAUGUUAUGCAAUUGCAUUUGAAAAUCGUGGUGCUGUUUCUGAAGCAACAAUAACACCUCAUACAUUAAAUUUUGUUAAAAUUCUUGUAUCAACAUUUGGCAUUGGUAUUGAAAAUAUAUCAUCAUCACAAAAUGGAAAUAAUACAUUUGGUUCAGCAGCAUCAGAAUCAUUAGCAAGACGUGCACAAGCAACUGUUCAAGAUCCAGUAUUUCAAAAAAUGAAAGGACAAUUUACAUCUGAUUUUGAUUUUACACUUCCUGGUGCACGUUUACUUCAUAAUUUAAUAAGUAAAUUAAAAAAAUGGAUAAAAAUAUUAGAAGGAAAAACAAAACAAUUACCAAAGUCAUUUUUAAUUGAAGAAAAAUGUCGAUUUUUAAGUAAUUUUAGUUUAAAAACAGCUGAAGUUGAAUUACCAGGUGAAUUUUUAUUACCAAAACAUUCACAUUAUUAUGUAAGAAUUGCAAGAUUUAUGCCAAGAGUUGAAGUUGUACAAAGACACAAUACAGCUGCAAGAAGAUUAAGAAUACGUGGACACAAUGGUAAAUUAUAUCCAUAUCUUGUUGUUAAUGAUGCUGGUUUAGGUGAUGCUAGAAGAGAAGAAAGAGUUUUACAACUUUUACGUAUGCUAAAUCAUUAUUUAGCUAAACAAAAAGAAACAUCACGUAGAUUUUUGCAUUUUACUGUACCUCGUGUUGUUGCUGUAUCACCACAAAUGCGUCUUGUUGAAGACAAUCCAGCAUCAGUAUCACUUUUGGAUAUAUAUAAACAAGGAUGUACAAAACUGGGAAUUGAACAUGAUGCACCAGUUGCAAAAUAUUACGAGAGACUAGCAACUGUACAAGCAAGAGGAGCUCAAGCAAGUCAUCAAGUAUUACGAGAUAUUUUAAAUGACGUUGGCACGACAAUGGUGCCUAGAACAAUGCUACGUGAUUGGGCUAUUAAAACUUUUCCAGCUGCUACUGAUUAUUGGACAUUUAGAAAAAUGUUUACUCUACAAUUGUCACUGGCAUGUUUUGCCGAGUAUGUUUUACAUUUAACAAGACUAAAUCCUGAUAUGAUAUACAUUCAUCAAGAUUCUGGUUUAAUUAAUGUCGCAUACUUUAAAUUUGAUGUCAACACAGCUGGUGAACUUGAUGCCAAAAGACCAGUUCCAUUUAGAUUAACUCCAAAUGUUCUUGAAUUUUUAACAAAUACUGGUGUUUCAGGACCAUUAACUGCAUCAGCAAUUGCAACAGCACGUUGUCUUGUUCAACCACAUUUUAAAGUUCACACAAUACUUAGAGCAAUACUUAGAGAUGAAGUUAUUGCUGAUCAUAAUAAAAAACAAGAAGAUUUUGAAAAUACAAUGCAAGUACCAGCUGAUGCAAAAGGCGAGAUACUUAUUACAAUGGUUACACGAGCUGUUAAUUCAAUUGUUUCAAGAUUAAAUUCACUUGCUAAUUUUGAUGGUACAGAUAGCAAAGUCAGUACACUUGUUGCUGCUGCAAACAGUCAUGAUAAUCUUUGCAGAAUGGAUCCCUCAUGGCAUCCAUGGCUUUAAAUAGUCAAAAAUAAAAUAAAAUAAAUAUACACUAGUAAUUAUUAUGUAAGCUAAAAUCAUUGUAAAUACUUAAUUAAUAUCUAAUCAAUAAUUUUUCACUUUUUAAUUUUCCAAUAAGUAUUAAUUAUAUUCAUUUGAAAAAAUAAAUUUUUUUUUUUUAUAAAUUCAUCAACUAAAUAUUUAGUUUUUACUUUAAUUUAAUUUUUUUUUUUUUAUACAACUUAUGAAUUAAUUAAUUAAAUAAUAAAUUAUUAUUAAUAAU